AUGAAGCAACACAAUUACCAGCAGCUCACUUGCGCGGCUCGUCCAUCUCAGCAGGCUAGUCAACGCUAUUCCCGGGGUCCGCCAGCUGGUGCCCCUCCGAAUGGUUGCUGGAACUGUGGAGCUGAGUCGUUCCACCAACGGUCCGAAUGCCCAGCUAAUGGGAAAGAGUGUGGUUGCUGUGGAAAGAUCGGCCAUUUCAAGAAAGUAUGUUCUAAAAACACACCUAAACCAGAGACGGCGGGUAGCAUCAUCAUCGGCUCCAUCAUGACGGGUGAGCUCCUAGAGGCCGAUGUUUCCCCCGCAGGCAGUGAUUCUCGCGUGACAGUGUCUUUUCUACCCGACACGGGCGCUUCUAUUGACGCCAUACCACAUCAACUUUACGAACACCUGUUCAGCGAAACACCACUCCACCGCGCCCCUAGUCGAGCUAUAACAGCAAAUGGUGAAGAAAUCGAGAACCAUGGCACCUUCCAGGCAACCGUUAAGUUAGGACAAACCGCCAAUAACCCAUCGUCGCUGAUUACCAUGCACGUACUAAAAGACCUCCGGCAGCCGGUGUUAUCAAAAGCAACGCAGAAGAAGCUUGGCGUUCUACCUUUGGACUACCCUUACUGGUGCGUCCAGUCAAUCCGCAUCAACGUUUCCCCUCAGCAAAAGGCCGAAAUCGCCCCAAAGGAAAGGCGCUCGCGGACCCAUCUUAUUCACUGCCGCGCCAUCCAUUCGUUCUGCGGACGAGAAAGGCGACGGAGCAGCCGCACCGAGGCGGAGGUGAGCGAGGGCGACCAGCAGGUGCCCAAGCAUGGACGCGAGGUGUUCAGAGAAGAGGAGGUGGGGGCCAGAUUGUUGGCCUUUGCGGGCCAAUGGAGUGAGGUGACGGACGAUAGUUGGGUUUUGGACGGGAUUACGCAGGGCAUAAAAUUAGAUUUUGAGGCGCUUCCAACCCAGCUUGUAAUCCCCCCCCCUGUUGCAAUGUCAAAAGAAAUGGUUAAAAUUUGCGACAAGGAGGUGGAGGACUUAAUUAGGAAACGGGCGAUCACUGAGGUUGCAAGGGGCUCAGAGGGUUUCGUCUGCUCCUUAUUUGUUAUUCCGAAAAAAUCGGGAGGAUUUAGGCCCAUAAUCAACCUUAAACCAUUAAAUCAGUUCAUACGAUAUGAACAUUUUAAAAUGGAGAAUCUAGAAUCGGCCAGGUUUCUUUUGAGAAAAGGGGAUUGGAUGGCGAGGCUAGAUUUGAAAGAUGCCUACCUGACGGUCCCUGUGCACCCCUCCCAUCAGAAAUUUUUGCGUUUUCAAUGGAAGGGGCGUAUUUUCCAGUUUUCCUGUCUAGCCUUCGGUCUCGCACCCGCACCGCGAAUUUUUACAAAAAUUCUCAAAGUAGUUAUGGGUUUUUUAAGGAAAAAAGGGUUGAGACUGAUAAUAUAUUUGGACGACAUUUUAAUUUUAAAUACGUCUAGAGAGCGCGUGAUGGCAGACCUGGAAGUAGUGAUUGAGUUACUACAGCGUCUGGGUUUCAUUAUUAAUUGGGGGAAAUCGGUACUGGAACCAGCACAGAGGCUAGAAUAUUUGGGGCUGGUUAUCGAUUCUAAUCGAUUGUCAUUCGCAUUGCCAAUAGCCAAAAUAGAAGCGGUGAAGGCUAUGUGUGAAGCAGUUCUUUUAGCGAAGGUCGUUUCACUGAGAGAGAUAGCAUCCAUUAUGGGAAACUUUACAUGGGCAAUUCCGGCAAUUCCGUACGCACAGGCGCACUACCGUCGUUUGCAAAGUUUCUACAUUAGGAAGGCGCAGGCGGCAUAUUCCAAUCUAAAGAUCAAGUGUUUGCUCUCGCUCAAAGCACAGGAAGAUCUAAAAUGGUGGGUGGCUAAUCUAGAUAAAGCGAAGGAUAAGGUUUUCUUUCUUCAAGCACCGGAUCUCGAAAUAUAUACUGACGCUUCCUUAUCGGGGUGGGGAGCUUGCUGUAAUGAGGUUAGGACAACGGGAUCGUGGACGCUUACGGACUCAACAAGAAAUAUCAACGAACUUGAGCUUUUGGGCGCAUUAUUCGCGGUACAGGCGUUCGCAGUCCGCUCGAAAAACAUAGCCAUCCGUAUUCAUCUCGACAAUGCUACAGCGGUAGCAUACAUAAAUCAUUGUGGGGGAACUAGGUCCCGAGCGCUGACAGUCAUAUCAGCGGAAUUAACAUCGUGGUGCGAGGAGCGCGGAAUAUCGCUGGAAGCGGUCCACGUAGCCGGGAAAUUGAACAUAAUUGCGGAUGAGGAAUCACGAGCUGGACCCGACUCCAGCGAUUGGAGGCUAGACAAGCGGAUGUUUAGCCGUAUUCAGGAUCUUUGGCCGUCAAAAGUUGAUGCCUUCGCGACGCCUUGGAAUGCACAGCUUCCGUCAUUUAUAUCAUGGCAUCCGCAGUCCGGGGCGCUGACGACAAAUGCAUUUUUCGUAAAUUGGGGUGGGUUAUUAGCCUAUUGUUUUCCUCCCUUCGCCUUGAUAUUCAAGUGCCUUGAGAAGAUCCGUCGUGAAAAAGCUCUGGUGGUUUUUGUAUGUCCCGUAUGGAUAGGCCAACCUUGGUUCCCGUUACUACUGGAGCUGUUGUGCGAUGUUCCCCGUCUCUUUCCGUCUCUUUCCACAAUUCUAAUUACCUUUCGGGAUCGCUACGCGAUCCCUCUGGUAAUUGCUAAGUAG